AGUAUGCUUAACGCUUUCUGUUUGUAGCACAAAAACAGUACAAGUACGGAGUGUUUAGGAAAACAGUUUGUGGGAAGAUAAAGUUUUCUGUUGUCACCCUGAGGUAAAAUUCUUUGCUUCAUUGUUUACCAUUGGCUCAAUACAUUUGUCACGAAUAUUCUCCUCAAAUUCCUCAGGAGAAGUAGAAUGAGAUGUAAAAGAGACAUGAUAUGUUUGUUUGUUUGUUUGUUUGUUUGUUUUUUUAAGAGUCAAAACAAAGAGAAAGGACGUGCUUAGCAUCAGCUAUGUUGUGAUAUUUUCAGGGGGAAGUAUGCAUACUCGAUAGAAGUCACCAGAUACCGUCACAGACUCAUUUGCAUAAUCACGUCAUUGUUAUGAUCAUUUGAAUAGCGAAACGUUUUAUAUGAAGAACACUUGAAGAACGUUUUGUUCUGAAGAUUUCCCCAAAUCGCAUACUUAUGCACUAUUCUAUGCCAUUUUGUAAUAUAAAUAGUGUGAAUAGUGUCAUCACACUGAAAAUUCCAACAAGAAGACGUGCACUUCAAGUAUCUUGAAUGACUAACUAACUAAAGGCGUGUCCCAAUUUGCGUACUUGGGCACAGAGUAUCUCAAAGCAACCCAAAUCUCAAUCCAUAUCUGGAUUUCUGUAAAGCUUUAUGACAACAUCCACUGUCAUUGUCACACACUGGUGGUUAGUUGACUGUGCCCGCUCUCUCAACUUUAUAACCAGCAGCAGUGGUGUGAGUUGUAGAGCAAUUUCGAGUGUAGGACAUUCGCGAACGUCUGCUCAAAAAGUCACGAGAUUUAAAUAACGUCAAUAAAUUACAUUAACAAAUCUAGCAAAAAUGUCACUGAGUUGGCAAGAUUGGACGCAACAUGCCUUAAUUCUUGUGACAUCAUAUAGCUUGACUAUGUACUACUGUAACAAAAUAAAUGUAAAAAGUUCAAAUCAUGUACGUAGGUUUAAUAUUUGAUCAUUUUCAAGAUGUCCCAAAUCAUCAAAUUUUUUUUUUUUUUUGCCAAUUUGGGACAGCAUGCUUCAGUUUAAUUGGGACAGUCUUUACAGUGUUCUCCAAUGAAGUAAACCACAACAACAUUAAUUAAUCUACUCGUACCUUCUCAUAAUCCUUUUGUUGAUUGGCUUUGGUUGAAUGUGCAUUGUGAUGAUGUCACAUGACACAUGUUGGCCCAACUCUGCAGAAAAUCGUUGGUAAUGAAACAUCAAACAGCAGAAUGGGGGGAAAAUGUGAUCUCAGUGAUCUUGACUGUGGCAUGAUUGUUGAUGCGAAAACUGUUUUAAAACUGUUGAUCUCCUGGGGUUUUCACACACAAGUCUCUAGAGUUUACUCAGAUUGGUGCAAUAAAGAAAAAAUAUCCAGUGAGCGGCAGUUCUGCGGACGGAAACGCCUUUUUGAUACGAGAGGUCAAUGGAGAAUAGCCAGACUGGUUCGAGCUGACAGAAAUGCUACAGUAACUCAGAUAACCUCUUUGUACAGUUGUGGUAAGCAGAAAAGCAUCUCAGAAUGCACAACACAUCAAAACCUAAGGCGGGUGGGCUUCAACAGCAGAAGACCACUUUGGGUUCCACUUCUGUCAGCCAAGAACAGAAAGCUGAGGCUGCAAUGGGUGAAGGCCCACCGAAACUGGACAGUUGAAGACUGGAAAAAUGUAGCCUGGUCUGAUGAAUCUAGAUUUCUGCUGAGGCACACAGACAGUCGGGCCAGAAUACAUGCCAUACAGAAUUGAGGCUGUUUUGUGAGCAAAAGGAGGUCCUACCCAGGAUUAGUAUAGUGUUAAUAAUAAAGUGCUCAGUGAGUGUAUAUUGCAAAAUACAAUGGCACCAAGGAGACAGGCAGAGAUGCAGCAAGAGAGAGAGAGACAGUAUAAAAACCAUGGAAGAUAAACAAGCAUGUGUUGCUUUGCAACCCGAGGGAACUGAGAUUCUGAAACACAGUCGCUCUGCAUUUUGUCUUGUGCUAGGAGAAAAAUUUGGUUGUACCGCUGAGAUCCACAAUGUGACGAAUCAUACAACUUCAUCGUUUUCCCACAGCAAAGCAACCAUUGUGCCUGAGAUUAAGUACAGCAAACAGCUGUCUAAUAGCCUGAAGUUGUCAGUGUGGAAAGAUGAUCUUACAACGCAUAAGGCAGAUGCCGUGGUAAAUGCAGCAAAUAAGUAUUUACAUCAUGGAGGAGGACUUGCUCUAGCUCUGAGUCGAGCUGGAGGUCCUAAAAUCCAACAAUGUAGUGAUAAAAUCAUAAAAUCUAAUGGUAGACUACAGACAGGUCAUGUUGUUGUAACACCAGCUGGAAAUCUCCCCUGUGAAAUCAUCAUACAUGCUGUGGGACCCAGUGUAUCACCAAAUGCAUCAGAAAGGGAAAUAAACAAGGCAUCACUAUUGUUAAAGAAAGCUAUUUGGAACAUCUUGGUAAAAACCAACUGUACUAACCUGCAGUCUGUUGCUAUCCCUGCCAUAAGCUCAGGCCUUUACAAUUUUCCACGGGAUCGCUGUGCAAACAUCAUUGUGAGCACCGUGAUGUUAUUUAACGAUCAACGCAAUCCGAAUGCCAGGAGCCUCGAGGUCCGUCUAGUGAAUAAUGACGAUCCCUCAGUUAAAGAGAUGCAGAGAGCUUGCACGGAACUUCUGGGCCCGCCUGACCUAAUGCCAACACAAAACUUAAGCAAUCCACCAAGCCAGUCUGUACUCUCCAGUCUGGAUCUGGGGAACGUGGCUGUCCACCUCAAACAGGGUGCCAUUGAGCAAGAGACAGCUUUUGAAAAAGAAAUGGCUUCUAUGCAAAAAAAACUGCAUACCUCCACUAUCUUAAGUAGCACCAGGGGAAAAAGUUCAGGUUUUCAUGGCAGUCAUGGGGCUGACACUGGAACACCUCAUUUUGUGCUCUUUGCCCCCUCUCCAGAGGCACUAAGAGAGGCCCAGUUGUGGUGUGUCCAAGUGCUGCAAAAGCACUCUGGUGAAGUGACGAUAAAUAAUAAUCAUGUUGUGUACUUUACCCAGGAGGAUCAUGCAAGCCUGAUGAAGCUUCAGGACAGAUUUAAUGUUCUCAUCACAGAAUUCUUUAGGGAAGGCAAAGGAGGCAUUCGCAUCAAUGGUGAGCCUGUACAGGUCGGUUGUGCAGCAUUGGAAGUGGAAGCCAUGUUGUGUCAGGCCCAAGAGGACUUUGCUCGGAGUGAAGAGGAAGACAUGCAGGGUGAUUUGGAGCAUAUGUAUGUGGCAGACGAUUCUGGGCGACGACAACAGAUUGAGAAGAUGUCAAACAGAUCAUAUGAGAAGAUACAAAUCGACCUCGAUCUCAAUGACCGGGCAGUUAAAGAAGUGCUGAGAAAAUUUGAAAAAUGCAACCUGAGAAUUGUGAAGGUGGAAAAAAUCGAAAACUAUGCUCUGAAGCAGCUCUUCAGCUUCAACAGAAAACGUAUACAAGCUCAACCUCCGCGUCUGUACCAGUGUGUGAAAGCACAGUUCUGUAAUCUGAUCUGCAGAGUGGGCUUCCAGAGGGAAUACGCACCACCUAAAGAACAAAAGUAUGGAGCUGGAAUAUACUUCACGUCUGAAGUGGACAAAGCAAGAUCUCUGUGGGCAGACGAUGAAGAAGAAUAUAUCUACUUCAUUGAAGCUCAAGUACUCACUGGGAAAGACAAACGUGGUUCAGCAGAACUGAUUGUGCCUCCUCCAAUUGGAAAAGAUCCUCUGGUUCGUUAUGACAGUGUGACCAGUGGGAGCGGCAUCCACAUCAUCUUCAAUGGCCAACAGGCCUACCCUACGUACCUUAUUACGUGCAGCAAACAAGCUUUGUUUUAGCUAAACUCUCCAUUUUCCACUAAAGCAUUCUGUCUUUAAAUUAAAAUAAGGUUUUACAUUACAUUCACCGAGCACCAAUGCCUCAUUCAAGAGUUAAUUAAAGAUGUCAAAAAUGAAACUUAAAGCUCGCUAAACCUAACCAACAAAACUGUUAGCAUACGGGCAGUAAAUGGAUAAACCCAGUAUUUCAUUCAGUGAACUUAAAUUAGUUUUAUUGUUGUACUGAAAAUGAUUUGGAUUAUACUUGCUUAUUGUGGAACCACAAAUGUAAGUUGUUUUCUGUAGCUAAAUGACACACAUGACCUACAAAAAAGUUUAAUUCGUCAAAAACAGAAAAUAGAAAGACAUCCUGGUGUACAUUUUGAUAUAUAAUGUCAGGCAGGACCUUGCUGAUGUCAAAUCCUCUUUGCAAAAGUCUGAGCUGUCAGCUUCUCUUCUCUUUUGGUUUGUUCUGGGCCUGUUCCUUUAAUUGUUUUACUUUAGGUUCUUCUGAUUCAGGGAAUAUUUGUUAAGGGCUGACUUAUAAAUUCAGAUAUUACAGUAAUAUGAGUAGUUUAAACACAUUAUCUAAUUAUAUUUGUUAUGUUUGAAGUUAAAAAUGAAGAUGCAGCAGGUUACUCUGUGGCAUUUUUAAUGCUGUGGAUUUUCUACUGUGUGCUUUCUUAGUCAUGAUUUUUAUUUAUUUAUUUAUUUAUUUAUUUAUUUAAUUUAUUUUUCUUCUUUUAUGGACUUUCCCCCUGAGUCUCAGCACCACAUGGUUGAAUGGCACAUUUAAGAAUGAUAGAAAAUGGGACAGGGGCUGUAUAAAUGUAGGCACUACAUUCAUUAAUUUAUACAAUAACCUCUGCAGAUUUACAUAUAUAUUAUUUUUGAUUGCACUCUUUUGUGAAGCUAUGGCACAUUUUAUUUUCAUUUUCAGUACUGAGGUUUGAAAGUGGGUGGUGUUUUCUGGUCUGUCUUUGAUUGCAGCAAUAAAAUCGAACAGAUUUCAUAUUCACUA